AUGGAUGGGCAUGAUGCAGAGAAUGCUAAACAAAGUACUGCUGACAUGACUGCAUUUGUUCAAAAUCUUCUUCAGCAAAUGCAAUCGAGGUUCCAAACAAUCUUGAAAUUUCUUAACUGCAUUGUACUCGAUGAGAUGGGUAACCGGAUCGAUGAGCUGGAACAGAGCAUCAAUGAUCUUAGAGCUGAGAUGGGUCAAGAAGGCUCACCAUCUCCUUCAGCUCCAUUGAAGUCUAAAGAAGAGCCUAAGUCAGCCGAUGAUUGA